AUGUGAUCUCAUAUCCAUACAAACAGUACUUAAAAAGCUUUUCUUUUUUUGACUGGCCGGGAUAUCCAUGGCUAGAGCUGUUCCAGGGUUCACCUUCCUUUUCUUUGGAGUUCUUGGCUUAAUCUUUUUUCCAGCUGAAGCUGCCAUAAAGAAUUACCAUUUUGAUAUUCAAGUGAAGAAUGUGAGCAGAUUGUGCCAUGCAAAACCCAUCGUAACUGUAAACGGGAGGUUCCCAGGGCCGACUAUAUAUGUUAGGGAGGGAGAUAGAGUUCUUAUCAAUGUAACAAACCAUGCACAAUAUAACAUGUCUAUUCACUGGCAUGGACUGAAGCAAUAUCGAAAUGGCUGGGCGGAUGGACCAGCUUACAUUACUCAGUGUCCAAUCCAGACUGGGAAUAGCUACACUUAUGACUUCAAUGUAACAGGACAAAGGGGAACUUUAUGGUGGCAUGCACAUAUUCUUUGGCUGAGGGCUACUGUCCAUGGUGCAUUUGUCAUCAUGCCAAAACCAGGAACCCCAUUUCCUUUCCCACAGCCGCACCAGGAAUUUGAACUUCUGUUUGGAGAAUGGUGGCACGCGGAUGUGGAAGAUGUUGUCAAGCAAGGGACGAACAUGGGUUUGCCACCAAAUAUGUCAGAUGCACACACAAUCAAUGGAAAGCCGGGGCCACUCUUUCCAUGCUCUGAAAAACAUACGUUUGCAAUCGAGGUGGAAUCAGGCAAAACUUACCUGCUGAGGAUCAUCAACGCUGCCCUCAACGACGAGCUUUUCUUUGCUAUUGCUGGACAUAACAUGACAGUGGUGGAGGUUGAUGCAGUUUACACAAAACCAUUCAGCACUCAAGCUAUACUUAUUGCCCCCGGCCAGACCACAAACGUUCUGGUGCAAGCUAACCAAGUCCCAGGGAGAUAUUUCAUGGCUGCUAGGCCUUACAUGGAUGCUCCGCUUUCCAUAGAUAACAAAACUGCUGCAGGAAUACUGCAGUACAAAGGCAUUCCAAACACAUUCCUCCCUACUCUUCCCCAGUUGCCCGCACCCAAUGACACCGAAUUUGCUUUGAGCUACAACAAGAAGCUCAGAAGCUUAAAUACUCCACGGUAUCCUGCCAAAGUUCCUCUCAAAGUUGAUAGAAAUCUCUUUUACACAGUUGGUUUUGGCAAGAAUUCUUGCCCAACUUGCCUCAAUGGAACCAAACUCCUUGCUUCAUUGAAUAAUAUCUCUUUCGUGAUGCCUCAAGUUGCUCUUCUCCAAGCUCACCACUUCAACAUUAAAGGAGUGUAUAGAGUUGAUUUCCCUGACAGGCCUCCGACUCCUUUCAACUACACCGGUGCUCCACUUACAGCUAAUCUUGGUACUGCCACAGGCACAAGGAUUGGCAAGAUCGCCUUUAAUUCCACAGUUGAGCUGGUACUACAAGACACCAAUCUUCUAACAGUUGAGUCACAUCCAUUCCAUCUUCAUGGCUAUAACUUCUUCGUAGUUGGGACGGGUAUCGGGAAUUUUGAUCCUGCUAAAGAUCCGGCAAAGUACAACUUGGUUGAUCCAGUGGAAAGGAAUACAGUCGGAGUUCCCACUGGCGGUUGGACUGCUAUUCGAUUCAGAGCUGAUAAUCCCGGCGUUUGGUUUUUGCACUGUCAUUUGGAGCUCCAUACUGGUUGGGGAUUGAAAACGGCAUUUGUUGUAGAAGAUGGACCAGGAGCCGAUCAAUCUGUUCUGCCUCCGCCAAAGGAUCUUCCACCAUGCUAGCUGUUUAAGUUUGAAAAAGCUGAGGGGCCCCUUUGUAUUUAAAAGCAUUUUAAGUUUGCUUCUGUUCUGCAAAAGUUGCAGGCCAGUGUUUCUCGGGAAAAAAUGGUUUCAAGAUUUUCUUGAAACUCAAAUUGUAAUAUAUAUAUGUUCCAGGAAUUUGUAAUAAAUGCUAC